AUGGAAGCAAGCGAAGACGAAGGGCAACCGGGUCAUCUGCUCCGUAAGCGGCUCAAGUGCAGCGAUGAAGCCGAAGAAGGCAUCGAGCCGGAGGUGGCUUCACGUGUGGCGGACCGGCUAUUAUACUCUUCGGCGGCGCUGCUGACGGCGAUCGUCGUGUUAGAUGCGUUGGAGCCCGAUUUUCCCAUCAUUUGCGCCAACACCGUCUUAGCACUGACCACCGAAUUUCGUGUCGAUGAGAUUAUUAUCUACUACUUGGAUCCGAUUGCUUUGGAUUUCUUGCUUCUGGAGAAAAGAGAAGAGAUUGAAUUUUAUCAGGGAAAUUGA